AAUCAAAAUAGAAAGAACCAGAGGGAAAUUAAUAUUAAAAAACAAAAAGAGAUACACAAAUGGCAUUAACAGACUAUACAUAUUCUCACGCACAACAAUCCACUAAUUAUUCAUACAUGGAAAACGAAUAUAUGAAUAAAGAAAUGUUGGAAAAGAAGGAGGAAGAAGAAGAAGAAAGAACAAGUUAGAAAAGUUGUAUACAGCCAGGCACCGUCUCUUUGUACCCAUCAAACGUCUGGAAAGCAAAGAUAAAAAUAGAUAACAGUCUUUUAGAGCUUUUAUUGAUUGGAACUUAACCUUUUUUUUUAUUUUUUUUUCUCUGUUACUUUAAUAUUUCUGUAUAUUUGUAUAUAUACAUACCUAAAGUGGCAACUCCUGCAGACCAACAUAGGUAUAGAUAUAGAUAUGGACCUAGAUAUGCUAGGUAAGUUAUUUUUUUUUCUUUAAUUUUGGCUCUCUUGGGUUUUGCUUUUUUGUUUUUUUCUAGUCUACUUUUGAACCUUCGAAAAAGCUUUGAUUGAUUUUUCUCGUUGAGGGUAUCUUUGUUGUGGAAUCUGAGGAGAAAGUUACUGUAUAUCAAUCUAGUAGGUUUUGCUACAGAGAAAGAAAAAAACCGACCAGAUAUAGAGUUUUUUUAUAAGUUGGUGAAAGUUUUUCAAAGGGGGGUUGAUUUAGAUUGAUUGAAUCCCACUCAUAUUUGUGCUCAAACGGCCAGUUCUUUCUAUCAUAUUCUUCUCUCCCUUCUUCACUCUUAUUUGGUCUUCUGGGUUUUUUUUUUUUUAAUUUUUUUGGUCUACUUCUAUAUUGGUAAAAUUCAUGAUGUCUCAAUUCCAAAGGCAGAACAAGAUGAUAGGCGCACAAUUUGGUGAUACAACCUACACAAAGGUCUUUGUUGGAGGUUUGGCUUGGGAAACUCAAAGGGAAACUAUGAAACACUAUUUUGAGCAGUUUGGGGAGAUCCUUGAAGCAGCUGUGAUCACUGAUAAAAAUACAGGAAGAUCAAAAGGCUAUGGUUUUGUAACAUAUAAGGAUCCAGUUUCAGCAAUGAAAGCUUGUUAUAAUCCUUAUCCUGUCAUUGAUGGAAGGAGAGCUAAUUGUAAUCUUGCAGCCUUUGGUGCACCUAAAAACCACCCAACAACUCCUCAGCGAGGGUUGGGGAAAUUUAGACCAUCAUCAAGAACUAUAGCGCCAGUACCUUUUGUCCACAGUGCUUCUCCAUAUUUCUAUCAACAUAUCCCUGAAUAUGUAUUCCCUCAUGCAGCAUACGGAAAUUUACAGUAUUCUGAACUAUUUCCUGACGUCUCGGCAUUCAGGUUUCCCUGUUACCCCCAACAAGGCAAUUUUCCAGUGAAUUACUAUAAUGCCUAUGGUGGGCAACAGUUCCCAUCUUACUAUGCCAUUGGGUCCCCAGGAAUCUCCUACUUUGGUGGCUAUCCACAAUCCACCAUACAUGCACAAAGCAGUCCACCUAGAAACCCCAAAAUGAUAGAAACCUCACUUGGCAGCUUUCCACUUACCCCUUCAGCUUCUCUACCAAGCAUUACAACUGAGAGGCCUGCCACAGGGACAAUAGCUUCAGGAGGAAGGUCUGGUUCUGUCUCCGAACAGAAGUUAUCGGCUUAACUUUUGCAACUGAAGAUAUCAUCAAUUCAUUACGAUAUUGAAAAAUUUGAUGAUAUGAUCGAAACCAAGGAAACGAUACAAGAAAGAGGAUUGUCAACUUGGAACCAAUUUCAUCUUCUUAAGUUCAUCUGGAGACUAAACCAAGGUUAUAUACCAAACAUAUAAUUCAUUCAAGGAACAGGGAAAGAUGGGGAGAUGUAGAGACUGUUACCAAUAGUUGAAAUUAGUUACGUCCAUUCAUUUAUUGUAAAAAAUCACAGUAGAGUUUUGGUUUGAGAAACUUUCCUGCA